CUCCAUGAUGGCGGGAGAGGAGACGCACGUCUCGUCCGCUCCGACGAUGUUAUUCUUGUCAAUAGUAAUAGGGGCUACUAUUCUGGUCCUGGCGUGGCUAAUUCGCCUAUCAAGAAGCCAGACUAGCAAUACAGCAGAGAAACAAAGCAAGCCUAAACGCAAGGAGCCCCAAGCAGCCAAAAAGCCGCCUCCUCCCAAACCGCAAAAGCAAUCAAAGGCCCAGAAGAAACCUGCUGUGACUCAGUACACCCAUCAAGAAUUGAUAACCACUCUCAAAGGACACACUGGCAGCAUCACUGGGGGAAGCUUCUCAUCUGAUGGCAAACACUUCAAAACUGCUGCAGACGUGGGGAGUGGCAGACGCUUUGAUCCCGGUGGCAGAAGUGGGAAGGCGAGCUGUAAUGCGAACCUAUUCUCUAUAGAAGAUUCUCUGGAUCUGUCCAGUAUAUCAGACGGCAGCAGCAGUCUGGAAGAAGUGGACACCUCGUCUGUCAGUAGCAGCAGUCAGAUGGCAAACAGCAAUGCUCCAUCUGAUACAGAAGAGGUUAUCAUGGUGUGCAAUCCUUCAAAGAUGUCCCGUCGCCAGCGUAAGAACAAGAACAAGAGGGCAAAAAUGAACAGAGUUGGAUCAUCAGCUGGCCGCAGCACAUCAACAAAGGCUAUUAGUCAGAGCACCAAAACUCUGUUUGAUAGCCUUGAAAAGACAGAAGAACAGCUAUAUGAUCUACUUGUUCCAAAGUGUUGUGUUCUUGAGGAGCGAGUCCUUAAUGGUUAUCCAUAUGCUACAAACCAUGGGCUUUACAUUUUCAAGCCUAAUGGCUACACAACAUUAGCAGGAGUUCUAAAUGGCUGUGAGCUCCUAGAAAUUGAACUUGAUGCAACAGAACGCGAAGAUCUACACAAGACCCUGGAUGUAGAAAGUAGUUCAGAUUACUCUGAACCAGAAUCCUUGGAAGAUUUAAGUGUAGGUGACACAUACCAGGAUGAUAACCAUGAAUCCUCUUCAGGGGUCAGUUCUGACAGCAAAGAUAGUGAGGUUGAUAUAGAAGGUAAUUAUGGAAAUGAAAUAAAUUCAAAUUUUAGUGAAUUUAGGAACAGUACUGGAAGCAUGGAUUUAAAUUUUGAUUCAAAACAUGCUACAUUACAAAACUUCAAUAAAUUACAACAAAUAGAAAAGUGUAAAAGAUGUAGGAAACAUUUCAGUGUUAGUGAAAAUGGAAGUGAUGUGUGUGAAUAUCAUCCAAAGAAAAUGGUGUUGAGAAGAGAUGGAAGAUUACACUAUCAGUGCUGUAACAGAAUGAAAGGUGUAGCAGGAUGUACCCAGACUUCUUAUCAUGUAUUUCAUCACUUCAGAUCUGGGCUGAAUGGUCCGUUAGAAGGAUUUGUAAAUACAAAAGAUGGGUCUCCAAGAAUAUUUGGGCUUGACUGUGAAAUGAUUUUUACAAGCAAAGGAUUUGAAUUAGCAAGAUUAACUUUGGUUUGUGUGUCAGGAAAGGUUGUGUUAGAUCUCUAUGUCAAGCCCUUAGGUGAAGUAUUUGAUUACAACACCAAAUUUUCAGGAAUCACAGCUGAACACAUAGAAAGGGCUAUAUCAUUUACAGAAGCUAGAGAGAGAUUGUUGAGAGUGGUUCCAUCAUCAUCAAUCAUUAUAGGACACAGCCUAGAGGGUGACUUGGCUGCCCUAAAGUUAAUCCACCGUAAUGUUAUUGACACUGCCUUGCUCUUCAAGCCUCCACCCAGCUCCCCAACCUUGAAUGGUCCAUUGAUGCAUAAACAGUCUCUGAAAUCACUGGCCAAAAGACACCUUGGACGUGACAUUCAGAAAGGAGGGAGUCAUGGACAUGAUAGCCUUGAGGAUGCUACUGCUGCCUUAGAUUUGGUACUGAAUAACAUCAAAGAAUCUCUCUUCUUCAGGUCUAAGGUUGCUCCAUUACCACUUGCACUUCAGAAUAUGUGAUAUGAUCAAUGCAUUUCUGCAGACUUCUUAAUCUGAAUGUUUGAGGUGAUCAUAUCGCAUAUUGUGCCUUAAUCAUAGGAGUUCUGCUAGUUUGUUUGCUUGCUGCAUAUAAAAUGCUGUAUUGUUGCUCAAACUUGUCCCUUUUUCAUGGUCACUAGUGGUGCAUUAGAAUGCAUUUCACUUUUUUAAAGGUGCAUUUACUACUAGAUAAACUGGUUAAGGCCCUGCUUGAUAUCAGGGAUCUAUUUAUAUGUAUUGUGGAUUUUACAGAUUUUCAAACUGGUUUCCUCUGGGAAUUUGUAUUUUAAUUGAUCUUUAUUGUAACCAAAGCCAAAACUUAUGUAGCUACUUAAAUUUGAAUGGAAAGUUAAUUUGGUGUAUGGAUCGAUCUAGAAUAUUUACUGUUUAGUACGAAAACUUGUAUGGCAGCUUUUUAUACAGGGGUUUUUAGAUACAAUGCAAGUGGUUGUGAAUUGUCUUUCAUAGUGAUAGAUUGCUACAGUUUUUGAGUGUGGGAUGUCCAGGGAACCUGCCAGGCUGUAAUACCUGUGAUACUAAGCAUUCCAGUUAGUGCAGGAAUUGGAAUACUCAAGGACUACCAUUACUCCUCAGAAUGAUUGUUUUGUGCUUGUUAGAUAGGAUUUUUUUAUUUAUUUAUUUUAUAUUGACUUAUAGCUGUACUGUGUAUCGUUUUUAGUAGCUUGCAGUUUUACCGCCACUUUUAUAAUGUACUGCAAGAUGAAUUGAACAAUUUUAAGAUUUAUUGACUUAUUAAGUACUAUAUGGGAAAAAUGAUCUUGUGUAUAAAAUUUUAGUUUAGGAUACUUGAUCUCCUAGAAUAAUUUCUCUUUUUAACCCGAUGAUAUUUUAUUCAGAUUUCCAAUUCAGUGAUAGAUUUUUUUUCCACUCAGUGCUAUUGACUUUUCCUUCAAAUUUUAGCAUUGUUUAUUUAAUCUAUUUUUAUACUCCUUACUCUUUAAGUUUAAGUAGCCCAUAUCAGAAGAAAUGUACAAUUAUUUUAGUGAUUGACUCUGUCAGUUGGGCUGCGAUAGAGUCAGUGCUCAGUUGUCAGUAAUACUAAACUUCUUGCUUAUUAUUAUUUUUAUUCUUUGUUUUGUCUCAUUCCUUGAUCUCUAUCUACUUAUUUCUACCAUUUAUACACUUGCCUUUUGUAGCUGUCAUAGCACAAUAUCAGUUUGAUCUUUGAGUCUUUUGUAGGAGAAUUCAAAGUUUGCUUCUAGGCAAUUUGAAUGUAAUCAGAGCUACCCUUUGUAAAGUCUGCAAAUAUUUGCAUUUCAACAAUAAAAAUAAAUGCCA